AUGGCUGUUAUACAUCUAUGCAAUAUGCUUCACGAAGUAGAGAAGAAAUAUAAGGGCAAGGAGAAACUGACUGCAGCUUCCCGAACCCCAAGAAUUAAACAAACAAGAAAUGCAACUACGCCAGUAUACGAUUUAACUAUUCAAGAGGCUUACGUCAGCAACAAAGCGGUGGAACGUAAAAAGAGAAAGAGAGAGCAGAAAAAGAAGAGACAGAAGAUGCUGGAAUCUGCAGACGCUGCUGGUGCUGCUGGUGGACUCGGAAUAUGGGAACAGACAACAGUUAAGGCUAAACCUAAAAAGAGCCAGUGA